UGUUUCCCUUAUUUUGAUUUUAUUUCCUUUUUCCACUUGAUUUCUAAAAUCGUGUUAAAACUCUAGCUGAUCUGAGAACAAUAGAUUGCCUUGCAAUCAGCUCAUCCGCAAACAGCAUGAUCGCAAUUGAAUGCACUGAAAGAAAAGAAAUUAAAGAUGCAAAUAAUACUCCUGAAUUAAGUUUAAAAGAGAUUUUAUUUAUUGAAAGACAACGGCGAGAGAAAUCAAAACAAAAUUUUCUACUUUCAUCUUCCCCUCGGUCCAUUACUCCCUCAUCGUUAUCACCGGUUGCCACACCAACAUCGCCUUCACCCUUAUCAACACUUUAUCCGCAAUUAUCACACGUUUCGCAUUCAGUUCGAAGUUCAGAACACGAAGAUGACGAUGAACAGUGCAAGCAUGUGGACACUUCUCUAUGCCACGAUUUCAAUGAGGACAGUGCUAUACAAAUGGGCAGCGCGACAACAUCGAGCCAAAUAUAUUAUACCAACUUCCUGCGGCGUACACGGCCAAUAUCGCGCAAGCACCUUUCUUCAAAUACGGAGGACGAGGAAGAGGAUGGGGGUGUAUGUGAUGUGAGUGGCGGCGAAAUCAGCGACGAAUAUGAUAAUUUUGAGAUUAACUCAGCAGAAAGCACGUUUCGCAAAGCUGGUGAUCGAUUAGUCGGUAAAGAAGUUACUGUUACUGGCAUAACUGGCGGUAGUUCAGAAACUGGAGCGAAGCCAGGCAAAGAACCACACCGUGACUGUUUCUAUGAAACUUCUGAUACAGGCGGCGAAGUAACGACUACUGACGAUUUUGACAUUGACUCCAGUAUGAAUCUUAUAAGUAAUUUAAGCUUUAACAGUAGUAAUAGUAACACAUCGAUAGAGAAUCGUUAUAGAUUAUGUGAUAAACACAAAAAUGCUCAAAACGUGCCAUUAGCAGUAAGUGCCCACGAAACGCCACCAAUUAUCGCCACCGAAACAUUGGUUAGGCAUGCACCGUCUACUCAAAAAAGUGGUCGAGGUAACGUACACGAAAAAUUCUCUAAGACUGGUGCUUUAUUGAAAGCAAAAACACACAACCUCAACCCAUUCAAGGGUAUUCCAGCUAAGGGCGGCUCUAUCAGCUGCUCGCCUAAUUCCAGCGAUUGCUCUUCACAUUCGCCCACACCGGCGGAUCCAUUGAAAGUGCAAUCUUCUGCCGUAGGACGCAGUAAGUCUUUCCAAGAACCGGGUGUUAAGCAAUAUGCUUACCAAGGAACCACAGCGCGCAAAAAGAAGUACGCGCGGCUUUUUCGUCGCCGUUCAAAAAAACGUCCCAGCGAACCUGCUUCCACCAUCAGUAAAACUUCAAAAAGUGCAUAUAGCUUAGAUAGAGGGAGGCAAAGUAUAGAGAUCACAAUUCAGGAUGAGGAUGGUAACUAUCAGGCAUAUGAUGAUGACUAUUUCACACUGAAAGAUGUACGCAGCGGUCUAAGGCGUCGAGUCUGCACCGAUGACGAUGAUGAAUAUGAAGAGGAGUUCGACGAUGAUUUUGUGGGACAUGUGGAAACACAACCACAGCUUCACAUGGUGCACAGUAGUGGGGCAAGCAGCCCAACGACUUUUCAUCGAUAUUUGGACGAUAGGCCAUUUAGUGGUGCUAGCGACGACGCCGCAGGUGGUGACAUUAGUGAUGGCGGCAGCAGUCGCAGUCGUUCGCGCAAUAGUGACAACGAAGAGCACGUCUUCGGGCGAUUGUUGCGACGCAUGCAGUGCUUGUCGCUAGGGUGGCGAAAGCACCGCUACUACAAGCGCAGAGCGCGAAGUAUAUCAGAGGAGUUCAGUAGCGGCGAUACGCCACGCUUCAAAGAUGAAGAAUCGGUUAACAAAACUGACGCAAUGCACGCUAGUGCCGUCAGUGGCGGAAGUGGCACAUCAUCGCACUAUCGGCCCGAAUCUACUUCACAUAAAUCGGAAAAGUCAGAUAAGGAUAAAACCAAAAAGGAGAAAGAAAGUGAAGAGAAGGAUAUUGAAAUGGUCAAAGUUUUUGAUGGUAACAAUUCAUUCAGACGUCAACUAUAUCGGGUAAUUAGUGUGCCGCGUACAUAUACCCUGGAACAACUGUUAACUACAGCAUUGCGUGCAUUCCACAUAACACGGGAUCCAAGCGCAUUUUACAUGACCGACUUAUAUGCCCCGUCAGGCAAAGAGGACGCUCCUUUGCAAGAUCCAACGCCCGUCAUGAGCUUGACGCAUUUGGAAGGCAAGAGACCAGCUAUAUAUAUAAGGUUUCAUGAUAAAGAUAAGGGAUACGUUCGUGUUUACCCGGGCAAACUGCAAUGCUCACUGGAAGAGCCAUACGUCAAUGUUCCUGUUGAAAAUACAACUAUUAUUAAGGAUUUGAUUCGAGACGCGCUUGAUAGAUUUGGUUUACAAGAUAACCAAAUUCAAGAUUACAGAUGUUCCGAGGUAUUGCUAGAUCGUGGUGUCACUGAGCGCAUACUAUCGUGGAAUGAACGCCCAUGGGAUAUUAUGAAACAAUUGGGCAAGGAUUCCAUCAGACAAAUGGAAUUGAUGCGUUUUUAUAUGCAACAUAAGCAGGAUCCACACGGACCAAAUAUCGCGUUGUUUGUUGGAAAUUUACCACCGGGAUUAUCACAACGCAACUACGAACAAAUUUUAAACAAGUAUGUCACCGAUGAAAACAAAUUUACCAGCAUUGGUCCUAUUUACUACGAAUACGGUUCAGUGGUUUUAUCGUUCGAAGAUGCACAAAAGGCGGUUCGAGCCUUCUAUAAUUUACGUGAAACUAUUAUAGAGGAUAAGAAGCUUUUGGUUAUGUUAUUGCCAAACAUUGAGCCAAGCAUGGUGCCGUCGGAUGUACGACCACUACUUGUAUUUGUUAAUGUGAAAUCGGGCGGUUGUCAAGGAUUAGAACUUAUAUCGAGCUUCAGAAAACUGCUAAAUCCAUACCAAGUAUUUGACUUGGAUAAUGGUGGACCACUGCCGGGUCUCUACGUUUUCCGUCAAAUUGCCAACUACAAGAUAUUGGUAUGUGGCGGCGAUGGUACUAUCGGCUGGGUAUUGCAAUGCUUGGACAAUGUAGGGCAGGAUUCAGAAUGUUCAAGUCCACCUUGUGCCAUAGUGCCGUUGGGUACUGGUAACGAUUUGGCGCGAGUCCUUUGUUGGGGUUCUGGGUAUACGGGUGGUGAAGAUCCUUUAAAUUUGCUGCGUGAUGUUAUCGAAGCUGAAGAGAUACGCUUGGAUCGUUGGACAGUGGUGUUCCAUCCGGAAGAUAAACCGGAAGAGCCUGCACUUAAGGCGCCCUCAAACACAACGGGUAAGAAGAAGAAGGCUCACCAAGCACACCUUUCGCAACAAACAAAUCAGCACCACCAAAUACCGGCCAUUACAUCGAGUGAAUUAUCAG